AUGGCGCUUUCCAAGCGUCCACUCACCAAGGACACGCCCUUGGCCGAGAGCAAUAGCAACAGCAACAACCACAGCGGGGGCAACACCAACACCAGCAGUGAUCUUGAGGCGACAGCCAUAAAGCGCAGGAAGCGCUGCAGUGGCGAUGAGGACGCGGCCCUCAACAACAACAACAAUAACAACAACAACAACAACAGUAAUAGCAACAAUAACAACAUAUUGCCACAAAAGAAACGAAAACAGGGCCCCAUCCCGGACAGCCCUGAGAGUCCUCCGACAAGCAUCCCCACUGUCGGAACAGCCGGAGUGGCUAAAAUGACAGCCGCCGAUGCAGAUCAGGAUGAUGAGACCCUCAUUCGGGAGACGCAGGCGGCAUUGAAGAGUCUGUCCGGUAGCUGGCCCGAUGCCCGGGCCAAUCUGUACAGAUUGCAGGAGCAGGACGAGAAUCCACCGCCCUUCCAGAACCUCUUCGAAGAGAAGCAAAAACAGAAGGAGAAUGACCAGGCCCGCCUCAAUGCCGGCGCCACUCUCGAGGAUCGCGAGCGGGGCAAGAAGCUGGCCCCGGUCACAGCCACAGGCACCGCUCUGGGUGGUGGACCAGAGGACAUGGAUCUGGAGGGGGCCGCCAGCAAUGUGUACGCCCAGGCCGCCUCGGCCUUCAAGCCUCCCAUCGACUUUAUCAAACGCAACUAUGCGGCCGCUGCCCACGCACAUGCCCAUGCCCAGGCCCAGGCCCAGGCCCAGGCCCAUGCCCAUGCUCACUAUACGACAAGCGCCUAUAAUGCGGCCGCAGCAGCAGAGUCCGCCGCCGGAUUGGCCUACUAUGGCUAUGCGGCAGCCGCCGCCGCCAGUCAACAGCAACAGCAACAGCAGCAGCAAUUGAGCCUGGAGCCGACUCCAUUGCCGCCACGGGCCGCCUUUGACAUAGCCAGCCAGCUGGGCGAAAAGCCCUCAAAGAACUCCAAGGAGCCGCUGGUGGAUGCCAAACAGUAUACGAUCCUGCAGCCGGCAGGCGUGGGCAGUCGAGCAGCCUCAGUGAUGCAGGACAUUGCCCGGGAAGGUGUUGUGGGUGUACCGCUGGUCGCCACUCCCCCAUCCACGAGUAGUCCGCCCACAGGAGGAACAGCAGCAUCGACAGCGACAUCGACAUCGACGCCGGCACCUAGCUACUCGCCGGGCAGCCAGAAUCGCGCGGACUUGGAAAAGCACGAGAAAGAGUUGCAUCCAUUGGAUAAACUGAAGCUCACCUCCAGUCAUUAUCUGAACAACAACAACACCAGUUGCAUCAACAACAAUAACAAGUUGAGUGCAACAACAAUGCCCAUUAUCAAAUCGGAGUACAGUCCUGUUGCGAGCAUCAAAUCGGAGUACAACAAAAGCCCAAUGCACUCAUAUCUGGCCAACGAUGCAGCCGGCCCCGCCUCCAGUGUGACGGCCAGCGCAUCCACGACACCGGGCACGGCCCGCACUGCGUCCGGCAGCGGGGCAACGAACGGUGGUGGCAGUGGCACAACCUCCUCCAAUGGUGGCGAUGCUAAUCUGCAUGCGCCGCACUUGAGUCGCUUUGUGGGGAUGCAGAGUCCUCCCCAGCCACAGAGCCACCAUCCACAUGCCCACCACGUUCAGCAGCAGCAGCAGCAACAGCAGCAGCAGCAACACACACUCCACCAGCAGCGCGGACCCUUCAUAAACGAGGGCAACGACGGUCCCGAUCCCUCAGCCAGCUACCACACAGAGCACCAGCAGCAGCAGCAGCAACAGCAGCAGCAGCAGCAGCAGGCUGAGGAGCGACAGUACGAGCAGAUGCGGUACGCCGUGGGCGGAGAGCUGCUGAGUAGCAAUGGUGGAGCCAAUGCCAGCGAACUCUCACCUGGAACGGCGCGGAGUGCCUACGAGGCGCAUCCGCAUCCGCAUCCACACCCACAUCCGCAUCCACAUCCGCACCCGCCCACCUCGCUCAGCUCCCUCAGCAGUGCAUCGGUGGUGGGGGCGCCCGCCUUCGCCACAGUGGACUCCGUGUCAGCGGUGACCGUUUCCGCUGGAGCCGGCGGCUUCGAGCGGUACGACCCCAACUGCUGCCCCAACGGACAGCGUCAGGUGGCGUCCGUGGCGGGCGUGGCAGCUGCCUCAGCAUCGGCAGCGGCGGCGGCGGCAGCCUAUCACUAUCUGCCCCAGAGCGCCGACGAUCUGCAGGUGCAGCAGCAAAAGUAUCUGCAGGAGCAGCAGCUAAUGCUGGCCAAGGCCGAGCACGAGGAGCAGUUGGCCAAUGGCGGCGGUGCGGGGCCGAUCUAUCCGCGGCCCAUGUACCAUUACGAUCCCACCAUGGGCCCCCUCCCCCCGGGCUUUUCCGCCAUUAAUCUGUCCGUGAAGAUGGCCGCUGCCCAGGCAGCCGCCGCUGCAGCCGCCUAUCAGAACCAGCAGCAGCAGCAGCAGCAACAACAGCAGCAGCAACACCACCAGCAGCAGCAGCAACAGCAGCAGCAGCAACAACAGCAGCAGCAGCAGCAGCAACACGGCAAACAGAGCUCCUCGCCCACCCCGAACGUUGGAGGCGUGCCAGCGCCAGCGGUAGACCUAUCCGGGUCCACAUCGGUGACCUCCUCCAGUCCGCACGGUUUCAAUUCACCAGCCUCCCACAACCAAUACAACCAGCGCAUGGGCAACGGCAGCCCCCAGCCGGGGGCCAGUCCGAACAUAGCCAGCCCCCAGGUGCCCAGUCCGCAGGGCCAGACCCUGGACCUCAGUGUCACCCGGCUCCCACACAGCAUCAUCACCAGUCCCCAGUACGGCGCCGAUGGCCUUGUCGUGGGUCAUGCCCAGGGAUUUGGCAGCGGAGCACCCGGCGCCCUAGGUCCCAACGGACCGCCACGUUCCCCCCAAAUGGAGCCCGUCGACUUCAGCGGCCCGCCGCGACCAUUAGGCUUCGGACUGGUCGGACACAUCAGUGGACCGCGGCCCUACAGCCGUGAAUCCACACCGGACAGCGGCGGCUCUCAUUACAUCGAGACGUACAGAGAUCCGAGCGGGUACUCCCCGCAUCCCGGAUACGGUAUGGUGGUGCAGUCGGACUAUCCUCCGGCUGGCUAUCAUGGCUAUGGUCCAGCCGCGUAUCAGUGCAGCAAUCCGUAUGCCACGGCGGUAGGCCCCGGCGGCUAUCCGACACCCGUCUCCGGCGGCUAUUCGCCCAGCCCGGCCACCUGCUACUCGAUGCCACCGCCACAGCACAUACCGCAGCACGACAAGACCAAGGAUGGAUUGACGGGCUGCUCGCGCUCGGACCGGAAUCAUCUGCAGUCUCACUCGCAGGAGCUCAAGUGCCCCACACCCGGCUGCGACGGCUCCGGCCAUGUGACCGGCAACUACUCAUCGCACCGCAGCCUCUCCGGAUGUCCCCGGGCCAACAAGCCCAAGAGCAAGCCGCGCGAUGGCCAGGACUCGGAGCCGCUGCGGUGUCCCAUACCAGGAUGCGAUGGCUCCGGUCACUCCACCGGCAAGUUCCUCUCCCACAGAAGUGCUUCGGGCUGUCCCAUAGCCAAUCGGAACAAGAUGAGGGUCCUGGAAGCUGGGGGCACUGUGGAGCAGCACAAGGCCGCUGUGGCCGCUGCCACAGCUAUGAAGUUCGAUGCCUGCACCACUGUUGGAGGCCAGGGAAUCAAGAAGCCCAAAUUCGACGAGGUCACCAUGGUCUAUCCCAAGGGCUAUACUGGAGGAAGCGGCCUGGACAUUGUCAUGAGCGGCGUGGGCAGCUCCGGCGGUGUUGGCGGCGUGGGCGGCAUUGGCCUCAACGUCAACGUUGGCCUCGGAGUGACCAGCAGCAGCAACAGUGCCCACAGCAGUCUCAGCAGCAGCAACAACAACAACAACGGAAACGGAAACGGCGGAAACAACGAGAAGAGCGGAACGGCGCCUGCCUCCGGCAACGGUAGCGACGAUCUGAACACUCUGGAGGCCGAGAUCUCCGAGCUGCAGCGGGAGAACGCCCGAGUCGAGUCGCAGAUGAUGCGGCUCAAGUCCGACAUCAAUGCGAUGGAGUCGCAGCUGAGCACCAGCGAUCGGGAGGCAUCUCCAUUGAGCGGCCAUCAGCAGCAGCAGCGCUCCUCCAAUGUGGCCAUGGCUUCACCCAGCGGACAAUCGCCUUUCGCCAGCGUCAGCUCCACCAGCGGGACCGGAACAGGUCCCGCAACCAGCUCCAGCAACAACAACGGAAACGGAAGCAACGAUCUGGGCCACUCGAUCAGCAGCCUGACGCCAGGUACCGGGAACAGCAACCCAAACACGAAUGUGGGUGGCAUGAUGUCGCAUGCCCCGGUGGACGGGAGUGUAGCCCCGCCCAAUGCCAACCUAAACAACUACUACGAGAGCUUGCGCAACAACGUGAUCACGCUGCUGGAGCACGUGCGUUUGCCGCCGCCACCGGCACCACCCACUUCGGUCUCCGUCUCGGCCUCGAUCGCCGGCGGCCAGGUGGUGUCGGGGCAUGGCCUGGACAGCGUGUGUGCCGGGGGUCAACUGGUAGCCGGAAGCGGCGGAGAUCACGCCACGGCCUACUCCACAUUGCUGCCGCCACCGCCACCACCCCCAUCGGCCAGCAGCGGGGGUAUUGGUGGCGGAAUGUACGGUCAUCAGGGUGGGACGGGUACUGGUGGUGGCCCGCCCCCGGGUCCGCCGCCGGUGCCACCGCAUCAUGCCUACACCGUGCAUCAUCCCGUCAGCUAUGCCCACCCACACUCGCAUCCGCACGGACAUCCACACGGUCACCCACACCCGCACCCGCAUCCGCACGAGCAUUUCGACUCGUACAUCUCCAAGCUGCAGUCGCUCUGCGUUCCGCCCGAUGUCUAUGCCCUGCCCGACGACGCCGAGCGGACCGUCUACAACUCGGUGAAGCCAAGCAUGCACCAGGACUACGGCAAACUGAUGCCGACACCCAUCUAAGCGAGGAGGAUAUCAAAGCAAAAGUUGGUAGCCCCGAUGUCCCGUCCAGGGUUCGUGAGUGUAAAUAUACUACCAAUAGAGUGGAGAAGUGGCGGCUUCAGUGUCGGCCCCAUAAAACGGACUAUAAGAAUUGUGGUGGGGAUAUUUGCUUUAACCUGAAGAACGAGACAUCUCCCAGCCCAAGGAUCUUUAUGUAGCGCAUAGAUACAUAUGUGUAGAAAUCUACGUAUAUAUUGAGUCCGCCUGGAAAACGGACAGAUCCUUUUCCUAGUGUUAGAUUGAGCUGUUGCACAUCCUAUAUCCUAGACGCUUUCGUCGUGUUGAUAGAAACUGUAUAAAAAUUAAAACCUAAAGUAAGUGAGUAAUAAUAUUCAUAAUACGAUUUACGAUUAACAUUUUUUUUGUCUGUAUCAAAUAC